AGCACCGGCCAUGAGCAGCUAAACAUUGAAACGUUUUGUCGAGAGCUGCAGAAAAUGUCAGUUUUUACGAGAAUUUCUCUGAAGCCUGAAGUGGCCGAACAUCUACAGAGCGUCUUCUUGAACGCGGAGGUGUUGGCUGCAGUGGGUCACCAGGAGGCCGAGAGUCGUUUUCACCGGCUGCUCACAUGUCUCUCACACCCGCCCUCGUACACAUGUGUUCGGGCCAGCACUCAUCUGGCCUCCCUGGAGGAGAUCAGACACAAGAUGGGAGAAGAGCUGACGAAGCAGCAGAUGUGCAGCUCGUCGGCCGAGGACGUCUCCCUUCGGAUCGUCCCUCACCCGAGAAUUCCAGAUGUGCUGCUGCUUCCUGUCGAUGGCCCGAGGUCCGUGGAGCAGCUCAGCUCUGAGGUGGUGGUCGGCGCUCAGUGCGGCAACGCUGUGCUGCGAGGGGCUCAUGUGUUCGCCCCGGGGAUCAUCGCCAGCCCCAAGUACAUGAAGGCUGGAGAUGUGGUUUCUGUCUUCUCUGACCUGGAGGGUCGGUGCACCCGAGGAGCCACGAGUUUCCAGGGGAAGAAGGUGUUCGUGGGAAAUGGAGUCGCUGAACUGGGCCGCUCCAGCAUCUUCUGCGCAGAUAAACCUGCAAAAGGUGUUGGUGUUCGGAUGGUGGAUCCACUUUACCAGAGUCCUUCGUUCGAUGGUGUUCUUCCCAACCUGGUGUUCUUACAGAACCUCCCGUCUGUGGUGGUGGGACACGUGCUCGGCCCUCGUCCUGGAGAACGGAUCCUGGAUAUGUGCGCCGCACCAGGAGGGAAGACCUGUCACAUCGCCGCCCUCAUGGGGGAUCAGGGAGAGGUCGUGGCCUUGGACCGGAUCCGAAAUAAGAUCGAUCGAAUUCAGCAAAAUGCCCAAAUGUUGCAAUUGCGCAGCAUCAAAGCUUUUUGCUUCAACAGCACUCAGGCUGUGAGCAGUGACCCGGCGCACGGCACCGAAGGACCGCCCUUCCCUCCUGAGAGUUUCGACCGGGUUCUGUUGGACGCUCCCUGCAGCGGCCUCGGGCAGCGGCCCAACAUGGCGUGCACCUGGAGCCUCAAGGAGAUCUGUUCGUACCAGCCUCUGCAGCGCAAGUUGUUUCGCGCUGCAGUGCAGCUGUUAAAGAAAGGCGGGGUUCUGGUGUACAGCACCUGCACAGUGACUCCAGCAGAGAAUGAGGAGCAGGUCGCCUGGGCCCUGGCUACCUUUCCCUGCCUCACGCUUCAGCCUCAGGAGCCUCACAUUGGUGCAGGAGGCAUGUUGGGAGCCGGCCUGCCACCUGAGCAGCUGCGCCUCCUCCAGAGGUUCAGUCCCGAGCUGAUCUGGGACCAGACGGAGACGACAGCUCCCCUCCCGGACAGAGCGGACAGGGACACUAUCGGCUUCUUUAUUGCCAAGUUCCUGAAAAACUGACUCGGAGGGCACAAUGUUGUGUCUCGCAGCCCUUCGUGUGGGACUGCAGACGGGAACAAUGGUGUUUAUAUUCUGACACACUGUGUGCUUUGACGCGCCCGUGUGUUGACAGAGACGCUCGCUGCGCUGUUUACAGCAUCUGCCUCCAAACAGCUGCUCUCUGGAACUGCGGGCCAUAUAGGGAUAAGCUUUAUAAACACCGAGGG